UGCAAAGAUUUGAUUUUUGAUGAUGGAGGGAAGGAGAUGGUUGCUGUUACUGGCACUAGUGGCUUGCCUGUUUGCUUCUUCUUCUGGGCGAGAAUGGAAGUACAAGCACAAGGUUCAUAGCCAGAGCCCUGUCUACAAUCAUACUCUUGCCACAAUAUUGGUUCGCUAUGCCUCCACGAUGUAAUGGCUUAAUUAAGGUACCAAGAUUCAGAUGAUAAAAUAUAAUUCUCCUAUAUUAAAAGUGUGGGCCUUAUUCCUUCAUUCAAUGGAAACAGGACUUUCAAAUGAUGGAGCUAAUUGUGGACGUCCAGCAUUGCUUACAGGCAUUUGUUGGAGUGGCAACAGAUCCAAAUGCUAUUAUAAUUGCAUUUAAAGGGACUCAGGGAAACAGUAUACAGAAUUGGAUUGAAGACUUAUUUUGGAAACAACUUGAUAUAGAUUACCCGGGCAUGCCUGAUGCAAUGGUGCACCAUGGGUUUUAUAAUGCAUACCACAACACAACCAUACGACCUGGAAUUCUGAAUGCUGUUGCAAGAGCCAAAGAGUUCUACGGAGAUCUUGGCAUCACAGUGACAGGGCACUCAAUGGGAGGGGCAAUGGCUUCAUUUUGUGCUCUUGAUUUAAGGGUUAAUCAAAAAGAGGAAAAUGUUCAAGUGAUGACAUUUGGACAACCUCGAAUAGGUAAUGCGAUAUUUGCUACUUACUAUAGCGAAAUUGUGCCGAACACAAUCCGAGUUACAAAUGGAAAUGAUGUUGUGCCUCAUUUGCCUCCAUACUACACUUAUUUUCCUCAGAAGACAUACCACCACUUCCCAAGAGAGGUGUGGCUUUAUGACAUUGGAUUGCGAAGUCUUGUUUAUCAGGUUGAGAAAAUCUGUGAUGAUUCGGGUGAGGACCCAACCUGCAGCAGGUCAGUGAUGGGGAACAGCAUUUCAGACCAUUUAGUUUAUUAUGGUGUCGAACUAAAGGACGAGACAUGGAGACCAUGCAAAAUUGUGAUGCUUCCUGGUUUACUGGAUUAUGGAAGUUCAGAUCUGGAAGGAAAUUUUGUUCUGUCCAGAGACCAUGCAACUCCUGUUUUCAAAUUGAAAAUACAGUCAGAUGCUGGGGGAAGACCUCUGUAGAAUGUCAGCUGUGAUUCUUUGUAGAAUGAAGGAGGGAGUUAUCAGUUCUAGGGUCCUGUCCUGAUAAAGAAGCCGUGUCAGACUGUCAGAUAUAUGCUUGCUGCCUAUCCAUUUUGGCAGGUGCUGCAAAUGAUACUAGUGUAGAUACUAGUAAUCGGUACGUGUACAUAAUCAUUCUUUGGAAUAUGAAUGUUGACUGUUUACUUGUGUAAAUAACCGGAUACUAGUGACUUUCUUAAUGCUAAUACGAUCAACCAACUAAGUUGAUCACAGAUGUUUAUUGUUCUGUGAUGCCUUUGUUUCCGGAUUGUUUGAAACUGAAGGAGAUAUUUGUAAC